AUGGCCCAAUAUCGGGGACAAGACCCAUUUUCAGGGACAGGGCACAACAUUGAGGACAAGGCCCAAUAUCAGGGACAGGGCCCAACAUCAAGGACAAGGCUCAGCAUCGGGGACAGGGCCCAGCAUUGGGGACAAGACCCAACAUUAGGGACAGGGCCCAAUAUCGGGGACAGGGCCCAGCAUCAAGGACAAGGCUCAGCAUCGGGGACAGGGCCCAGCAUUGGGGACAAGACCCAACAUCAGGGACAAGGCCCAAUAUCAGGGACAGGGCCCAACAUCAAGAACAAGGCUCAGCAUUGGGGACAGGGCCCAGCAUCAAGGACAAGGCCCAGCAUCAGGAACAGGGCCCAAUAUCGGGGACAGGGCCCAACAUCGAGGACAAGGCUCAACAUAAGGGACAGGGCCCAACAUUGGAGACAGGGCCUAACAUCGGGGACAGGGCCCAAUAUCGGGAACAAGGCCCAGCCAAAGCUAGUGUUGGUAUUUCAGAAUCUCCUCAGCCUGGCUGCAGAAAUGAUCAGAGGUGGUGAGCGGACCAACGAGGCAGCGACCUCACAACUGGAACUGGAGUACGGACCUGGGAAGGGCCCUAACUCUCCGGAGCCGGUGCAAAGUGGGGCCUUGGAGAGCUCCAGACAAGGCCCCAGGCUGCUCUCCUGCCUAGUGGCUGUCAAUGUCCUCUGCCUGGGCAUUGCUCUGAUCUGUGCGGGGGCUUUCAGGGAGGUCCCAGUGAGGCACAAUGCGGUCCUGCUAUCACUCACUGUCGUGAUGGGUUUAACUGCUGGCUGGAUGCUGUCCUAUGUUUUGUGUACAGCUCGAAGGAAGAGGGUUAUUGUUUACAAGGACCCCCACGCUGGGCCAGUGUGGCUGAGAGGAGGUUUGCUGCUGUUUGGAGCUUGCAGUUUGCUGCUUGAUGUCUUCAAGAUUGUCCAUGUUGCUGGGUUUAAAGGCUGCGAGCACCCUGUUAAAUUUGUCUUCCCAAUCACUCAGCUCCUGUUUACUUUCAUGCAGUCUUACUUCCUAUGGGUUCAUUCCAAAGACUGCAUUCAGCUCCAUCAAGACAUCGCAAGGUUUGGGUUGGCUCUGUCCUUGGUCUGUAACUUGUUGCUGUGGAUGGAAGCUGUGACAGAAGAGUCUAUCCAUCAGACGGGGUCAGUGGGUGAGAAACAUCCCGAGAAUAGGAGUCACGCCCACACAGAUGGUGUGGAUGAGGGAUGUUUCUGCUCCACCAAUGUCUGCCUCAUCUUCCAGACGGGCUACUACUAUCUGUACCCCUUCAAUAUUGAGUACAGCCUGUUUGCCUCGGCCAUGCUUGGUGUGAUGUGGAAGAACGUGGGCAGGUUAAUUGAGGAACAGGAUCAUCCAGCCCACCUCCAACUCCGUUUCCAUGGCCUCUUGCUGGGCCCAAGCCUUGGGACAGCUGAGAUCCUGAUUGGCCUGGCAAUCUUUAUUCUCUACGAGGUGGAAGUGACGGAUGAAGGGGGACAGAGCUGGGCUCUGACUGCCUAUUAUCUCUUUAACAUUGUGGCUCUUGCGCUGACCUCCAUCAGUGCCUUGGUGGGCUUCUGCGUGCACCAGUUUGAGCGAAGGGGCAUUAACAGAGACAAGAACCCAGCCAGGCAUCUGGACAUGGCACUCCUGCUUUGGGCAGCUUUGGGCCAGUUUCUCAUCUCAUACUUCAGCCUGGUGGCCAUUGUAUCCAUCCAACCCUUCGAGCUGCUCAACACCCUGAACCUUCUCUUCUCUAUCCUCACCAUCGCCCAGCACAUUCUGCAGAAUGCCUUCAUUGCGGAAGGUUUAAGCAGGAAACCAUUUGUUGAGGGGAGUCACCCAGAUGUCAUGACUUCUAACAGUGAUGGUCAUGCCAACAAUCAUUGUAUCCCAGGGGAUGCUAUCGCAUAUUGCAUCCAGAACACUCUUUCCCAAAUUAGCUCCACCCCAUCUGGGAUCACCGUUGAUCAGGAAACUGUUUCAAGCCAUCUGGAGAGUGUGUCCCAUAUCCAGGAAGGUCAGCAUUCUGUCCCCACCAACAGGCUCAGCUCCAAGCGAAGGAUACUGAAAGAAGUGUCUGCAUUUUUGCUCUUGUCCAAUGUCAUUUUUUGGAUCCUGCCAGCUUUUGGGGCUCGACCACAUUUCGCGAAUGGUCUUGAAGAAAAGUUUUACGGUUUUCAACUCUGGGCAACUGUCGUCAAUAUUGGCCUUCCAUUGGGAAUCUUCUACAGGAUGCAUUCAGCUACCUGCCUGCUUGAGGUCUACCUCAUUUCUUAG